AUGGCGCGGCUGCAGGCCCCUGCGGCUCGGGGGCCACUGUGGGGCACCGACAGGGUGAAGCUGGCGCUGGGAGCCCGAGCCGGCCACACAGGUGACCCCAACGAGGGCUCGGCAGGCCAGCAGCCGGCCACCAUGCCGAACGGGACACCGGCGGGCCAGGUCCUCAGGGUCAGCCGGGCGAGGCCUCAGCGCAGGCCUGGCCAGCCGGUUCUCAGCUGCCCCCCAGCCGGCGCCCACCGGGCGCCCCCCCACCCCUGUCCUACGUCCUCUCAGGUGGUGAAGCUGAAGGGCCAGGUGCUGUCCGUCAUGUACCGCUUCCGCACCAAGAGCCGGGAGUGGGUGCUGCUCCGCUCCAGCAGCUUCACCUUCCAGAACCCCUACUCGGACGAGAUCGAGUACAUCAUCUGCACCAACACCAACGUCAAGUAGGAUGCCCGCGGCGCCCAGCCCCUGCCCCUUGGGCAGCAGCCCGGGGCACGUGGGGCUCAGCUGUCGCGCCCGUGCCAGCAGGUCCCGGUCCCCAACCUGCCCUCGGGCGUCCACGAGGCCGGCAAGGCCGUGGAAAAGGCAGACGCCAUCUUCUCCCAGGAGAGGGACCCCCGCUUUGCCGAGAUGUUCGCGGGCAUGGGCGCGUCUGAGAAGAAGAUGAUGAGCUCGGCGGCGGCUGCCGGGACGCAGCAGAUCUACUCCCAGGGCGGCCCGUUCCCCGCAGGGCAUGCCGGGAAGGCCUUCAGCUCCUCCGUGGUGCACGUGCCUGGCGUGAGCGACAUCCCCGCGUCCUCGUCGGCCGGCCAGAACAUGGCCCAGAUCUCGCGGCAGCUGGGCCAGAGCCAGGUGGCCUGGACGGGGAGCCGGCCGCCCUUCCCGGGUCAGUCCAGCAAGACCCAGUCGUCCCCCUUCGGGAUCGGAGCGAGCCACACCUACCCGGCCGACCCCUCUUCCUACAGCCCCCUGUCCAGCCCCGCCACGUCCUCGCCCAGCGGCAGUGCCUACUCCAGUCUGGCCAACAGGACACCAGGGUUCGCUGAGAGUGGACAGAGCAGUGGGCAGUUCCAGGGGCGGCCCUCGGAAGUCUGGUCGCAGUGGCAGAGCCAGCACCAUGGGCAGCAGAGCGGCGACCAGCACCCUCACCCGCAGCCUGGCCAGACCGAGGUGUUCCAGGACAUGCUGCCCAUGUCGGGGGACCCCACCCAGGGCACUGGCAACUACAACAUCGAGGACUUCGCCGACCUGGGCAUGUUCCCGCCAUUCUCUGAGUAGCCGGGCAGAGUGCGGCCCCGCUGGCCACUGACCACCGGUGAGCGGGGCUCGGCCAGCCGCCGGACCCCCAGGCCUCUCCCCCACCCCCGCACCGUGGCUCAGCCUCACUCGGCCGGCGUCGGUGCUUGACCGAGGCCCCGGAGCCGCUGUGGACCCCAAGCGGCCCAGGGAGCCCGUCCUUCCCUCACGCUCGGCACCCGGGGGUGCCCGGCUGGCCCUGCCGCUGGGCCUGGGCCCUGGUCGCAGCUGGGCUGCCCCGGAACUGAUCCCAUGGGUGCACAGGUCAGUCUCCUGCAGGAACCCAGGUCGGGCUGCCCCGGGCAGCAGCAGCCCCUGCAGCGGCUCCUGCGGCCAGCCAGUGGACCCUCACUUCGCUGCUGGUGGGGUUUCAGGAGCCCCCUGCGGGGAGCCGCCCACCCGCCCUCCCACAGAGCAGUCCCUCCUCCCUCCAGGGGAGCCAGGCUUGGGGUGUCUCAGAGCCCCAAGAGAUGGCCUCAGGCCCCAGAGACCUCGGCCCUGGAGGAGGCCGGAUGGAUAGGGGGCGCCUGGCCAGACGGGCAGCCCCCAGGUCCCCCCAGCUCCCUACUGGAGAUGGAGCAAGGCAAACCCUGUUGGAUCGGACCCCCCCCCCCGGGCCCCCGGAGCAGCACAGUGCGGCGCUGGCUGCAGCUCUGGUUCUGCCACGCAGCUCCCGCUGGGGCUCAAGAAGGGGCAGCUCCCCUGGACACCUCUGCCCGGGACUGGCGCCGGGCUGGGGAGAGGGCUGAGGUCCCGCUGGCUCUGGCUGCACCCUGCUUCUCCUUUUCCGUGUCAGCUGCGACCACACUCUGAGAAGACGUCCUGUGCAGGCUCUGGGCCAGUGGAGGGUCCCCCCAAAUUUGACUGUGCACCGAGACUCCGGCCAGGCCCCUGGCUCAGGAACCUGCUUCCUGGGGCCAGCAGAGAGGCAGGGCCAGGCCGUGGGAGCGCUGCCCAGGCGCAGAGGCAGCGGGCACACGGGGCCGCCCGCCUGCCGCGGGGUCUGGGCCAGCCCGGGCCUGGGCUCCAUCGCGAGGGGCAGCACUUGGUGGCCGCCCGCCGCAGGGCCUUCAGCGUGGGCAGCGCCCCCCAGCGGCUGCUGCAGGCCCGGCCCUUCCGCCCCACAGCUCACUCCAGAGGGGGACCCCCCUUUGGGGUGCGAGAACGGUCCAGGUGACUCAGAGGGGACUUCCGGUGCCCUCUGGGCAGCGAGCGCGGAUGCCUCGCUUCCUUGUGCAUUUAGGGCAAGAGCCGCGUCGCCGCGCCAGGGUGGGGUGCUGAGGGGCGGGCAGGGGUCAGAGGUCCUUGCCGGCCACUACAGGCGACCGCCCAGUCAGCCGUGGCCAGGGUUAGGGACCCUGGGGACGGCUGCGGCAGCGUGAGGCAGGUGGAAGGGGGCUCGAGCGCCUUUAGAGGGGCCCGCGGGAUGCAGCACCCUGCCGCUGGUCGGGGUCCCGGUCCGGUCUGCGGCGCAGAGCCAACCGGAACUGCGUGGGCAGGGGCGGCUGGACGUGCUGGCCUCACCCGCCGG